UAGCUCUAUAAGCCUACCAAAUUCCUCUACAGUCCACAGAUAAUUUCCUGGACAAUGUACUCAGAUAGUGCUGAGUACCCUGCUGCUGUUGCUGCAGCUGUAUAUGCCAUUACUAUUCGAGACUCGAGCAUGGACACUCAAGACAGGGAUGAUCCGGCCUCUCGAAUAUUGACAACCAUCAGGAGCAGAUCAGAAGGCACAAAUGUAAAUAUUCAAGAAAACGUCGUAGCUACAGUGCCAUCCAGCGGAAGAAGUCCUACUGCAAACAAGCGAUUUAAUAGCAUUGCUGCUGUAGAAUCUGAAAAUUCAGAGCCUAAAAAAACAGGUGUUUCUAAUUUAUGGAUAAAUAAGAAUCAAACAUUCGCAGAUAAGAACGUGUACAAUAGUGGCACUGGAAAUCUCGAUUCUACAUUUUUAAGGACUGAGUAUCAGAGUGCUGAAACAGAUGCAUGGGAAAAGGCUGAAAUGGCUAAAAUCACCGAACGGUACGAAGUGUUGAACGAGACAAUUCUGCAGUGGGAGAGUAAGGAGAAAACAGCAGCCAAACGCAAACUGGAUAAAAAAGAGAGUGAACUGGAGAAGAAACGAGCUAAAGCCAUGCAACAUUACCGCACCAAAGUGGCGAUGAUAGAUCAGAUCGCGGGUGGAGCACGAACCAAGGCAGAGGAGAAUCGACGACAGGAAGAGGUUCAGGUGAAAGAGAAGGCAUACAAAAUCCGAACAACAGGAAAAUAUCCAUCUUCAUGCUUCUGCUUCUGACUGUCACAAGUGACAAUCCUGACAAGUCUAAGGGAACUUGUUGAUUAUCUUAUCUGUUAUAAAUUAUGAUCUAACAUAUUCAAAAAUAAUAAAUCAAUCAUCAAAAGAUUCAUGAAUGUUUUGAAAUAUUUGAUUCAUCCUAAUAUCAUUUAAUUCAUAAAACUUACAAUUAACCAUCUCAUUUAUUAUUUUAUCUUU